AGUCUGCAGAUCAGCUAGAGCUCAGAAACUCUCUUGACAUCAUCCCAUAGACACAGAUUGAAGACCUGAACCCCCACCCAAAAGGCCUGAAGUUCAAAACAUGGGUAAUCGCCAGUGCAGUGUUGAGAUUGAGAACACCUCUACUUUCACCCUAUGCAAUGAGAUGUCUCACUCUAUCAGUGGAUUCUGUGAUGAUCCUCUGCCUCCAAGAAUCAACCAAUCUGAAACAGGCAGUGCUCGCUUCGUCAAGACUCCCGACACAGCCUGUGGGGCUGUGGGCGUCUUCACCUAUGACAUCUAUGAUAAAUCCAAAAAUCAGAGCAUCGGAAAAAUAGCUGUGAUGUUCUCUAAUCCGCAUGACUUUGGUUCCUACUCUAACUGGUACGCAGUGGGAGUGUUCAGCAUGAAAAAGCCCUGUGACUAUGAGCUGUAUAAGGAGAUGUAUUACGGGAAUGAGACGACAUUUGUCAGGGGUCUAGCCUCUAGUGGCAGUCUCACUUACAGGAGCUCCUCAGUGACCAUCAGUGCCACUAUGUCGGAUAGCUACGAGCCUGUCCUCAAGAUCAAUGUCUACAACAAGUGACACCAGGGGUGCAUUGAAAUUCUAGCAUCAAUGCAGUGUUGAAACACCUAUGGCGGUAACAAUAAUUUCAGAGCAAAUUAAUUAAAUUUAUAGAUGAAAAUUAGCUAUGGUGCUAACUC